UUUAUAGAUAAUUCACACGCCACACGUGUGUUUUUACUUUUAAUUUUUUUACAAAUAAUACAAAGAUUUUCCUAAUUUUUGUGAUAAAUUCUCUUUCAAAAUAUGGAUUCAGACAGUGAUUCAAGUUUUGAUGAAGAAUUCGAUCAACCAGAAAAUGAUACCCAAAAAACUGACCAACAAAAUGAGUCUAAAAAUGAAGAAACUGAUGUUGAAUUAGGUGAAGCCGAAGAUAACGAUGAUGACAACGAGGACGAAGACGAUGAUGAUGAUGAAAAUCAGGAAGACCAAGUCCGUAUGCCAGUAAUAAAUCCUCUCAGCCUUAUGCGAAACAAACAACAAAGAAAUGCUCUAUUUAAAAAACAAAAACUUGAAAAGAGCAAACGAAAAAAAGCCGAACGUCGUAAGCGCCGCAAAGAAGGUGUCCCAGCAAAUCCUGGACACACUAUCGAAAGUCUCCGAGAACCCGAUCAAACAGCAAUAGCAAAUAUCGAAGAUUCAGAUAACGAAGAACUACGAAAAGAACUUGAAACUGAUGAUUUUAGUUCGUAUUUCGAGGGAACUUACGAGCCAAAAAUUCUCAUUACUUUCGCUGACAAUCCGGUAACGUUAACUCGAAAGUUUGGUCUUGAAUUAUCUAGAAUUUUUGUCAAUGCUUUGGUAAAAAUUCGUAAUAAAUCAUCUGUAAAGAAAAUGGUACAAAGUGCAAUUCGUGAGGAAUUCACUGAUAUUGUUGUCAUUAAUGAAAAUCGUCGUAAACCAAAUGGUUUACUUGUAAUUCACUUACCAAACGGUCCAACGGCACAUUUUAAAUUGAGCAAUGUUAAAAUAACAGAACACAUUCGUCGUGAUCACAAAGAAAUUACCAAACAUCGUCCAGAAGUUAUAAUGACCAAUUUUACGACACGUUUGGGUUUAACUGUUGGUAGAAUGUUGGGAUCAUUGUUUCAUCAUGAUCCCGAAUUUAAGGGACGUCGUGUUGCCACUUUUCAUAACCAACGUGAUUUUAUAUUUUUCCGACAUCAUCGAUAUGAAUUUGCAAAGCAAGGAAAAAAGGCUAAGCUUAGGGAAUUGGGUCCGAGAUUUACUUUGAAAUUGCGUUCUCUGCAGGAAGGUACUUUUGAUAGUAAAACUGGAGAUUAUGCUUGGAUUAUAACUAAUAAACGACAUGCAAUGGAAUCGAGAAGACGUUUCUUCUUGUAAGAAAUGUUGUAUUUGUAUCGUUUGACUUUUUAUUCCUUUAUAAAUAAAAUAAGAU